ACCAUCAAAGAUGGGAGAUAUGCCAGCCAAUCUCUUAUCAUUCCUACACUCUUGACUCUCCCUUCUCACCAUUAACGUUAUUACUCAAAACUCUUCAUAUAUUUCAUUAACUAUAUACAUGUAAUAUAUAUAUACCUACAUACAUAUAUUCAUUAAGUUUCUCUUCACACUCAUAUUCAUAUUAUAACAUUAAUUCCUUCAUCUGUCAAUGACCCAAAGCCCCCAGUAAAAUAAUACAGUGAUUUUUGUUAAUUAACAGAAACAGAUACCAAAUUGUUUUUGUUGUUUACUUUCAAAAUCAGAAAAACCAUGAUUUUUCAGAUAGACAUAUCAUAAACACCCAAUUAAGUCUCGAUCGGAGUUUGCCCGCCGCCACCACUGGCUGUUGUCGCCUCUGUCACAGGACGAUGGUGUUGAAUGUUAGGUGAAUGAAGGUUGUGAAACACAUCGCCGCUGCCUAGGCAAAUAGCUAUAGGAUUCUUUUGAAGGGGUUCUUAUGAUCUAUCAACUUAAUCCUGUGAUGGAAUAUUUCAGCUAUGGACAUAGAAGGUGAUGAAAACAAAAGCAUUAUAAAUGUAGAGGCAAUUGAUAAUGGAAGUGAAAGUAUUAUUAGUAUAUUCGAAAUUUCUUCAGAUUCAGUUGCCGAGACCCAAUCACAACCAUUGCUUGAGAUAUCCGAUGACAAUACAAGCACUAGUCACCCUGCAGAUCAUACUGAUAAAUUAGAUUUUACAAUAGAUGUUAGUGGAAGUAGUAAUAAGAAAUUAUUAGAGGAGCAUGAUGAUGGGAGUGAUAAGAUUGAGUACUUAACACCACACAUAAUGUCUUCAUCAACACCAUCAUUGUCAUUGUCCUCUUCCUCUUCCACGUCAUCAUCUUCAUCAGACUUGCCAAUUGAUCUUUCACAAGUAGACACAAAUGAAGAAGAGGCUGCAGGUAUUGAAAUAUCAAUAAUAGAAGAUGAUGAUGAUGAUGAUGAUGAAGUGAGCAUUUCCAGUGAAGGUGGUGGUUCUUCCAAAUCUGAGAGACAAGGGAUGAGCCCUCUAAUUCUGGAAUUGAUGACACCUCAAGCUAAUUCAUCUUCUGAUGAUGUUAUGAUUCACGAAUCGAAUGUUCAUGGCAUGUCAUCUCCAAAAAUACAGACGAUGGAAAGGUUUGGUGGUGGUUAUGAUCCUAAGAGGAUUCCAUCUUCUGUGUUUGAAAUAAGUAAAACCACAACGCCAAUGGAAUGGAGUGCGGCAUCCAAUGAGUCCUUGUUUAGCAUUCACGUAGGGAAUUCUAGUUUCUCAAGAGAUAAUUUGUUUGCUUAUAACGAUAGUGUUGCAAAGUCAGGGGAACUUACCAAAUCAGGUGAUGAAUUAGUAAUGUUCAGUCCUUGUACUGUUUCGGUUCCAACUGUGGGACUUAAUAGAAAAAGUUUUGAAGUGGAGAAUGAGUUUGCAGGAUCAGCUGUUGUUCAGAAUGAUGGUGGCGGUGGGAUGAAAGAGAAAACCACCAAGGACACAAUAAAGCCGCCUCCCCCGACGACAACUGCAGAUGAUACUCCUAGCACGACAAAUAAGGCACCAACGGCUCCCUUAUCCUCCAAUUCCUCUAGCCAUUCUCACCAGUCUGAUGGGAGUGCAGCAAGUGUACGCUCUUUCGCUUUUCCAGUAAAGAAAAACAAGAAGUGUGCAUGGAGAUCGUGCUACUUUUCCAAUUGUAGUUGGGCGUUCUGCUACUUUAGAUGGUCAAGGUGCCAAUGUUCAUGGCAAAGCUGCUACUGUUCAAAUUGUAGCUGGGCGUUCUGCUAUGGUUGGAACUGUAGCAAAAUAAGAAUGUGUUGUCAUUCUUCUUCCAUGUACGCUUCUUUCUCUGCCAUUUUGCCAGGGAGCAUGAAAAGCGAAUCGGCAAGGCCAGAUAAUGAGCAGUUGCAUCCAGAUUCAUUGGGUGGUGGCCUUAACACAUCAAAUUCAGCUCUCAAACGUUGGUGUCCUUGUUUCUCUUGGUGCUCAUGUAGGCCAGCUUGGUGUUGUUCUUGGCCUACUUAUUGCUGUAGUACUUGUUGUGGAUCAUAGAAGAAGAAGAAGGAUGAACUUUGGAAAAUCAUCAUCAUUUAUGUCCACAACCAUAGCCAUUGCACACAUAAUUGAAAAAAAAAAUGAGGAAGAAAGGUUUAGAUUAUACUUUUUCAUCACCACUUGUUACAAUUUCAUUUCACAAGUGAAAAUUGUCUCCACAAUGCAAAUAGACUUUAUUUUAACCCUUAUAUUUUCUAGGGAGUUCAUGGCAGGAAGAACUAAUUUUUUUUUUCUUAGUGAAGGAUAAUCUUGUAACUUUACUUCUUAUUUUUAGUAAAAAAGAGAAAGAAAAAACUUAAUGGGCUGUA